AUCUUCAUUCAAGAUUCUAAUAAUAUAAAUAUAACCAACUUUACACAUCAACAGAAACAAAAAGAAAUGAAUAUUUCCCUCUGAAAACUUUUGCCGAUCUGCUUGGAUGCUCCGAUCACAUGGCGUCUACUCAACAAGCUUUGCCUCCUGACCCUGGUGAAAAAAUCCAAGGGGAAGAAGAGGCACAAUUUUCUACAGUGCCAAUCCAUGUUGUCACUAAUCCAUCUGAACUACCUGUUGAAUUCUUGGAACCUUCUGCUGAGACACAACUGGUGAUUGGUUUUGAUUGUGAGGGUGUUGAUCUUUGUCGCCAUGGGACUCUCUGUAUUAUGCAGUUUUCCUUUCCAGAUGCAAUAUAUCUGGUUGAUGCUGUUCAAGGCGGGGAGGCAGUCGUCCAAGCUUGUAAGCCUGCACUCGAGUCUAACUACAUCACAAAAGUUAUUCAUGAUUGCAAAAGAGAUAGUGAGGCAUUGUAUUUUCAGUUUGGCAUAAAGUUGCACAAUGUUGUGGAUACACAGAUUGCAUAUUCUUUGAUCAAUGAACAAGAAGGACAGGCACGGGUCCCAGAUUGUCACAUAUCAUUUGUUGGUCUACUUGCUGACCCACGUUAUUGUGGAGUAUCUUAUGAUGAGAAAGAAGAAGUAAGAGUUCUUCUAAGACAGGACCCCAAGUAUUGGACAUAUAGGCCAUUGUCUGAACAGAUGAUCCGUGCUGCUGCAGAUGAUGUCCGAUUUCUUCUCCAUAUAUACCAUAAGAUGGUGCAAAAGUUGAAUGGCAAGUCCUUAUGGAACCUAGCUGUCCGUGGCGCCCUCUAUUGUCGCUGUUUCUGCAUCAAUGACAAUCAUUUUGCAGACUGGCCGCCUCUACCUCCGAUUCCAGAAAACAUUGUUGCUGACGGAAGUAUCCUUGAAGAAGAAGUUUUGUCUGUUGUUGAUGUUCCCCCGGGGAAAAUGGGACGUGUUAUUGGCAGAAGGGGAGCUUCUAUAUUGUCGAUAAAGCAGUCAUGCGAUGCUGAAAUAUUCAUAGGAGGUGCUAAAGGUCCUCCUGAUAAGGUUUUCAUCAUUGGACCACAAAAGCAAGCCAGAAAAGCCCAAGCUAUUCUAAUGGGGAAACUGCUAGAUUUCUGAUCAGAGAGUUGUUGCAGGAUUUAUAUUGUAUCUUUAGAUCAAGACAAGAAAAAGAAAAGGCAAAUACAUAUAGAGACCCUCAUUGUAUCAUAAAUAAGAAGUUUGGUGGUGGCUACAAUGUACAACUUGAUGUGCUCCACCUGUUAGUGACAUUGUUUCAGCUACUGGACUGAAAAUAAUGAGGGAAUGGGAAGGAUGAUGAGAAAUUUCAGUAAUCUUUAAUCUUCUUUCUAAGAUAAUUAUUUAUUUUCAGCA